UUGAAAUUAAUCACCAUAUCACCCAAAUCAUGUCAAUCGGUGAAGGUACAGACCAAGUUAAGGAAUUCCUAUGUUCCAUCUGUAGUUUAAAAGUGAACUAUGACUUCUUCGGAACAAAGCCUCCGUUUGCAAAAUCUAUUUUAUUAAUGGAAGACAGUUACGUAAUGAAGGACCCAUUUACAUCAGAGAUUGGAAUCAUCAGUCUUGGUUCCCACUGCAGUUUGUGCACUAAAUCUGUCUGUGCCUCACAGGACUGUAGUAUCUUCUACACCAAGCGGUUCUGUAUGUCCUGUGUGAAUGCAAACCUAGAGGAGUUUCCUUUUGAAAUACAGCAGGAAAUCAAAAACAGAAAACUGAAGGGGAAGUAAUAGCAGCGGAAACAUUUCUGGCUGUUUUAGAACCACUAAUGGGCCAAAACCUUAUACCUGAAAGACAGCUCUUUCAACAUGGAUAAACAUACCAACAAGGAGCGUUCCUCUACACUGAUGUAUUUAACAACUAGAUGGGUCAAUACUGCUGUAUAUACCAACACCAACAAGACGGGUCAAUACUGAUGUAUAUAACAACACCAACAAGACGGGUCAAUACUGAUGUAUAUACCAACACGGCGGGUCAAUACUGAUGUAUAUACCAAUAAGAUGGGUCAAUACUGAUGUAUAUACCAACACGACGGGUCAAUACUGAUGUAUAUACCAAUAAGAUGGGUCAAUACUAAUGUAUAUACCAACAAGACUGGUCAAUACUGAUGUGUAUACCAACAAGACUGGUAAAUACUGAUGUAUAUAACAACAAGACGGGUCAACACUAAUGUAUAUACCAAUAAGAUGGGUCAAUACUGAUGUAUAUACCAAUAAGAUGGGUCAACAUUAAUGUAUAUACCAAAAAGAUGGGUCAAUACUGAUGUAUAUAACAACAAGACGGGUCAAUACUGAUGUAUAUAACAACAAGACGGGUCAAUACUGAUGUAUAUAACUACAAGACGGGUCAAUACUGAUGUAUAUAACAACAAGACGGGUCAAUACUGAUGUAUAUAACAACAAGACGGGUCAACACUGAUGUAUAUACCAAUAAGAUGGGUCAACACUAAUGUAUAUACCAAUAAGAUGGGUCAAUACUGAUGUAUAUACCAAUAAGAUGGGUCAAUACGUGGGUCAGUACUGAUGUAUAUACCAAUAAGACGGGUCAACACUGAUGUAUAUAACAACAAGACGGGUCAACACUGAUGUAUAUACCAAUAAGACGGGUCAAUACUGAUGUAUAUACCAAUAAGAUGGGUCAAUACUGAUGUAUAUACCAACAAGACAGGUCAGUACUGAUGUAUAUAACAAUAAGAUGGGUCAGUACUGAUGUAUAUACCAAUAAGACAGGUCAACACUAAUGUAUAUAACAAUAAGACGGGUCAAUACUGAUGUAUAUACCAAUAAGAUGGGUCAAUACUGAUGUAUAUACCAAUAAGAGGGGUCAAUACUGAUGUAUAUAACAACAAGACGGGUCAACACUAAUGUAUAUACCAAUAAGAUGGGUCAAUACUGAUGUAUAUACCAAUAAGAUGGGUCAAUACUGAUGUAUAUACCAAUAAGAUGGGUCAAUACUGAUGUAUAUACCAACAAGACAGGUCAAUACUGAUGUAUAUACCAAUAAGAUGGGUCAAUACUGAUGUAUAUACCAACAAGACAGGUCAAUACUGAUGUAUAUACCAAUAAGAUGGGUCAAUACUGAUGUAUAUACCAAUAAGAUGGGUCAAUACUGAUGUAUAUACCAAUAAGAUGGGUCAAUACUGAUGUAUAUACCAAUAAGAUGGGUCAAUACUGAUGUAUAUAACAACAAGACGGGUCAACACUGAUGUAUAUACCAAUAAGAUGG